AUGUAUGGAAAUGAUGAAGCUCUAUUGAGAGACACCGAGGCAGGUGAUGCAUCUCUCAUUGAAGAUGAACCUAAAAAGUCUUGUUUUAACAAGAAAUGCAUUACUUUGUCAUUAAUCUCAACAGUUUCAAUAUUAAUUGGUGUUGUAAUUGGAAUGCUUGCUGCAUUUUCUUCAACAAAGGCGGCUACAACAACAAUUUCGAACCAAUAUGAUGCUUUACCAAAUUGCCAAAUUUAUCAAUCUUUUUCAUGCAAAAACAGACAACAAUCAGCCAUGGACUCACAGUAUUUCGAUAACAGAUGGAACACACCUAAGAGAGGCGAAGACAGAUGGAAACCAGGAUUCCAAGAUAUGUCAACACUCGCAGGUUAUUCACAGCUCAAGUAUAGUGCUGGAAUGAAGUCAUGCACAUUUAAUAUUAUUACAAAGACAUCGAGAAAACUCGAUUUGACUUAUUAUUUUGAUGGAAUUCCACAAAAUACAAAUUCCAAAGUUUACGAUUCAAGCUACAAUAAAAUCCUUAAGGUCAAAGUCAUUGCAGCAACAGGCGAAACAUUAAUUCUUGAUGACAUUGAUUUCGCUUGGAAUGCAGCUUAA